AUAAGCAGAUAAAUACAUCAACUAAAUAAAGAAGACCAUGUAAAACAAGCACUCACACAACACUCUUAUGGAGAAUACUGAUGACUCUGAAUGCACGCAAGAUGAAUGGUGUGAUUUAGAAAGUUCUACGGACACGGAUGUCGAACUCACUGCAUGGCAUGAGGUACAGAACGUACCCGUGCUCGAUGGGAUUGCGGACUUGCUACGGCUUACCCUAGAGGACGCACAGGUAUGUCGGAAGGAUAUUCAUAAGGUCCUCCAAAAGGAGGGUGCCGAGUUGGAUUGGCGCGAAUCACUCAAACGUGUGGAAAGUGCUGCCGUUUCUCAAAUCAGAAGUGAGAAGAAAGUUGCAUUCAAAAGAACGUGGCAAUGUCCGUCCUGUGGUAAAGAGCAGAAGACUGUAGACCUUCAUAAGAGGUUACGAACGAAGACACCCCCUGUCCACAGUAGCUUACCGCUUUGCAGCGAAGCGACACUCAAGUGCUCCUCGUGCGACUAUCAAAGUUGCUAG